GCAGUGGGAGAAGGACGACGAGGAAGCGGAGGGGGCCCACCUCGACAAGGCGACCCAAGCGGUCCUACAGUCUCUUGUGCAGCUGUCGUUGAGGCACGAAGCGGAGCUGGGACGACUGCGGUCGGACUGCGGCUUCAUGCUGUUCCUGGACACCCCCACGACCAACCCGGAGGCCGGCAUCCUGCCCGGAGUCAAGAAGGUAGCCCAAGAGUGGGCCACCCAGUAUGCGGCAGGAAACGUAAAGAGCCCCCUGCGCACCCUGCUGAUGAUGGCGGUGAUCCGGGAGCUACAGAGCCGCCUAACGGCCUUCCUAGCGGACGAGAACCGCUGCACCAAAGCCAUGUCGAUUGGCUGGAUGGCCGAGGGGCACCAAGCGAUGGACCCAGUGUGGACAUACUGGGGUUGGAACCCCAAGGAGAAGAGGCAAGAGAAGACGGACCAGCACCCGCUGCAGACCACGGCCAUCCAGGCCCAGCUUGCUAUGCUGGAAGCGAACAUCGCGAAGGAGGGGGUGCUGCUGAACUUCCGCUGCACCAAGGACCUGGAGCAGGAAUUCCAGCCGGAUCUGGAAGUGGUGCCUUUCAUGCUGACGAUCGGACUACGAGUGCAGGAGGCUCAUGCAGUUCACCGGGCCUUCCAGCUCCUCUCAGGGAGCGCAGUCUGCAAGCUCAUCGGGGCACGGGUGAGACCGGAGAGGCUGGCACGCCAGCCGGUAGCCAAGCAGCUCGAGGAGAACUACUUGGCCACACCGUACUGCCCAUGGAGUCGCCGCGCGGCCCUUUACUGGAUGGGUGCUAUGUCCAGCAAUCCAGAGGAGGCCUACGGAGGCGCAAGGGUCAGCCUGCAGAUGCUCGCCAA